CUUGAGAAACAUCCUGAAAACUCACUAUCACUGAAGAGACAAAACCACUGGCAAAAUGAUGGACCAUUUUUGGCUUCAAAUCCUCUCUCUUGCAGGACUCCUGUCAUUAACUCUGUGUAAACCACAAGAGUAUAUUCUGUACAAGCAGAUAAAGACGUGGGAAAAUGCACAGAGUUACUGCAGGACACACCAUUAUGAUCUGGCCACCGUUCAGACUGAUGAAGACUGGACAAGUCUGAAAGAAGCUGCAGAUGAACAACAGUUUUCUUCAUUUGCCUGGAUCGGACUGUUCAAUGACAUCAACGGCUGGCGCUGGUCUUAUAACGAGGAAAGUCUGGUGUUCAAGUCCUGGGGUCUUGUCCAGCCAGAUAACUACGGUGCAGGAGAGGAGUGUGUCACCAUAGCUUUUGACGGAAAGUGGUUUGAUUUCUACUGCACCAGUGAAAUAUAUUUCGUGUGUUACGAUGAGAACACAAACAGAACAGCUAAACUGGUGCUAAGCAAGACCCAAAAGACAUGGCUCGAUGCUCAGAAGUACUGCAGAGAUCAUUAUACAGACCUGGCUAUCGUUAGGAGUCAAGCUGACAAUGACCAGAUAAUUCAGUUGCUAAAUAUUUUUAUGGCUCCGGUCUGGAUCGGAUUGUACAGAGACUCUUGGAAGUGGUCAGAUCGGGCCAACUUUACUUCUUCAACCCAAAACGCUGUUCAAAAACUUGUCGGGUCGAACCAAGACUGUGCUACUAUAAAUUAUUGGCGUGUAAUUGAAGAUAGACUUUGCACUACGACUCAUUAUUUCUACUGUAACACUGUCAAGAGGAACAGGCAGGUGAUCCGAGUGCAGGUGAAAGCUGCUGAGAAUGCUAAUGAGGAAAGAUUGAAGGCGCUCGUCUUAAACAAGUUAAAGCAGACGCUGAGCGAUGAAGACGUCACACUGACAUGGAGGACGCAACCCAACGGGAAAGUCUUCCAGAAGAACAGGACUGUACCGAAAUGUAGUGAAGCAAACCCUUCCUCCGUUUGCUAAGUCAUGUUCUUCAUUGGAGUGAAAUUUAUCUAGCGAUUCAAUUUAUCUACAGAUAUCUGAAUUACUGCAUUACAUUAGCAAUUUAACAAAGCAAUUUGUCAAGAAUACAUUUAUAUAUAUUAAUUUUACAUUUAUUCAUUUUGUAGACAGAUAUGUUGCCUAAAUAUGAGCUAACAAUAUGACCGUUACCUUUGUCUUCAUUAAGAAUAAAUAAAGACCUUUGGGAGGAUAAAAUAACUGCAUCAAAACUUCUCAUAAAUGCAUACUGCAGAUUAAAAAACGCAUGCAGCAAAAAACGUUUGUGAACUCUCAAUGCUUCACAUAAAUACACACAACAACUUUACAUUUAAAACAGAGUCAUUUGCAUUUGUACAUUGAUUCAGACACGUCAUGUGAAAAAGAAAGGACACCCUAU